AUGAAUCAAACAAAUAAGACGGAUUUAACUGGUGAUGAUACCUUAUUGUUUCCUGCUCAAUUCUGCUUAAUACUUGAUUUACGAAACUGGGAUGAAGAAAGUGAAAAUACAUCUGAUUGUCUAGUAUAUCACUAUCCUGACGACGAGAGCGUCAGAAGUGAAGUAUGCAAGCAGCUUUUGGGUUGUUUUCUGGUUAAUCAGUCUUUUACUAGCAGUAGUAAGCUACUACUUUAUAGCAGAAAAAGCAAGAUCAGAAUUUUGAAGCACAAAGAUUUCGUUCUGUUUCUUGGGAAUCACGUCAAAAGUCUUGGCAUGACGAUAAAGUGCCAAAUGGAAUUUUUACUUAAUACUUUCCAGUUUUUUUAUUGCGAUUUUGACGUGUUAUUGGAGGCAUGCAAUGGCGAUCGCAGAGAGUUUUUGGCUCGUAUGAAAAACAUUGGUGACGUACUAAUGGAAUUAAUUUUUAGUGCUAAUACAGAAUAUUUGUCUUGCUUUGGGAAAUUUCCUUGCCGAAUUAUGCCCAGGGAAAUUUUUAACAUAGCAUUCGAAGACAAUGGAAAACUUUCCGAUAAAGUUAAAAUUGUCUCUGUCCAUAUGCCUGUCGAUGAGUUGAAAGAUUACUUAGACAAAUUUGAUAAUACCGAUGAAAGCUCAAAUAGCCGCUAUAGAAGCCGUCAGAGUAUGGUAUAUUCACCGUCAGCUUCAAUCAUCAGUAAUCGAUUCACCUCAACUCCAGUCCAUCGUCGCAGUUUAUCCUUUCAGCAUUCGUCUACGCUACCAGAUAGCUUUCCACAAGACUUCCAUGAAAUUUCUUACAACAGUGUAGAAAUAGACACAAGUACAACGGAUACAAAUUCAGUUGAUCGAACUAGUUGCAGCGAUUACAGGGAGUGCGACGGUAGUAGCGAAGGAUCUGCUGCUGCAAUACCGAUGAUCGCAUCCCUUGACAUUGGAGGUAAUGCACCUACCCACAAUUAUCAUUUCGGUAAAGAUACAGAGGAUACAGGCGAGGAAAGUACUGAAGAAACUCAAAUUACCUUAUUAAGCCAAGUGAGCGAGAAUAUGAGAACAGAAAUUGAAUGCGAACCUGAAAUGCAACUGCAUAAACCCUCUAUUAGUACUCAAGGUUCAAUCAAUUGUACUGAAGAUACUGACGACCAUACGAUAAAAUUUGAUGAUACUGGUCCUGCAAUGGAAAGCAAUUCUAGCCCACAAAGUCUAGAAAACAAUAACGAAAUUUCCUCUCCUCAAAGUAUCAUAAAAUCGUCGUCUUUAAGUAAUUUACGGUGGCUAAACAAUGGCAAAGAUCAGAGCCAUCUAUAUGAGGAUUUGAAAGAAUCGAAGCGAGUUUGUUUAUAUUUUCAAUGUCAUUCGGAAACGUCCUUGGCUUUACUGCUACAUCCAGACAGAGAAUACGAUCUUAAAAGAUACAAUUCUAUGGCUUCCUCCCUUAAGUAUUCAUUUAUGACGCAUUCACGUCGUUACUUUAGUACCAAAGAUAAUUUAGAGGAUCUCAAUCAGAGUCAACGAGCUGACUGUAUCAAUUUGAUAGCUCAUAUGGAGAGCGUCCUUAAUGGGAGCCAAGACAUCAGCAACGUAACCUUAAGAAAUCAUCGCGGUACUGCUCACAUGCAUCGUCUUGGUAAACGGGAAACAUUUCUUCAAGUCCCGAAAGGCGUUAACUCAGCUAAAGCGCAAAAUCUUGCCAGCCGCUAUUUUGACGAUGGAUAUAAAGAUAUUGUAGCUGCUACUGCUCGAUACCAAAUGUCACCUGUACUAUAG